AUGUUUUCCUCAGCGGCGGAGAGAGAGAGAGACAAAUGGGGACCGCGGUUUGACUCUCCCCCCUCCACCUCAGCUGCGGCCUCUCAGGCAAAUGCGACCGGCCGGAAGAGGAAAGCCAACUUCUCCAACGACGAGACGGAAACGCUGGUGUGGAACGUUGUGCGGCACUUCAGCGCCUUGUAUGGAUCCGAGUCCUUCCGGGCUCACCCCGUCCGCCGGAAGCAGCUGUGGACGCAGAUCCAGAGCCGGGUCAACUUCCUGGGCUACACGGAACGCUCCAUCGAUGACCUCAAGCACAAGUGGAGAGACCUCCGGCUGGACGUCAAGAAGAAGAUAACAGCCAAGAAGCCCCUUCCUCUCCACCGGCCGGGACCCCCCCAUAAGCCCCGCCUCACUCCCCUCGAGAAGAUGGUGGCCUCGACCUUUCUUCAGCCCACCCAUGACUCCGAGCCGGAGAUCGUCCUGGACCCAGAGAUUUUCUUCCCGGGGGCUUCCAAGCAGUCCUUCCUCCCGAUGCAGCCUGGCGCCAGUCACCCCGGCAUCUACAUCGACACCAAUGGGCAGCCCUCCUCUCUGCCCACCAUGGAGGGCUCCACGGUCCCACGGUUGGCCGGCCAAAGCCCCGAUCCGUCUAUGAUUUGUGACUACAGCAGAGGCGAAGGGCAGAGCAGUUCAGCUGAGUCGGGGCCAGAGCUGCGGAGCCUGGAAAUGUCGACCGUCUCGCCUCCUCUGAGAAACGAAUCCCUGGUUUCCUACACAUCCAUGUCUGAGGAAGAGGAACAAGAUGCCCCAGAGGCGGAAGGCGGGCUAGGCUCGCAGCCUGGCCUGGAGUCGCAGCUGUCAGCUGAGGAAGAUGGGAAAGCAGCUGUCCGGCAAGCCGCGCUAAUCCGCCGAUGCAACUCGCAAGGUUCGGCGACGUCCCUGCCGGAGGAUCCGAUAGAUGCCCAUUCAGAUUGGGGCCAGGGGGGCGCCUCUGAGAUCCCGGCCCUGGGCCGAGCACUCCGCCCCGCGCAGCCGGAGGAGGAGGAAACCGCCAACCAAAGUGCAGAGAUGGGCUCCUUUCCCCGGGGGCUGAUGGGGGCCGCGUGGGAGAAGCAAGACGACGAGCAGCAGCAGUCCAGGUCCCCCCUCCAUGCCGGGGCUCUCACGGAGGAGUCGCUGCCCUCUUCCGAGUCUCCCCAGGCGGACCGUGUACCGCCUCCUCAGCCUCUGCCGAGGAGAAUGGGGUGCUCGCACCUGCGGGAUGGCAGGCGAGAAACGUGGCGGACUAACCUCCAUUGCUUGAUGGACAUGGAGGACCAGUGGGACCAGCUGUACCACCAGGAGUUGGCCAUGUGGCAAGAGGAGAGGGCGCAGCAGCGCGAGGAGCGGGCCCGCGACAGGGAGCUCCAGUUCCGGCUGCUCGGGGUCCUCACUGACAUCCGCGACGAACUGAGGUCCUUGCGGCAGGAGAGGACGGCGGCCCGGCAGGAGAGGGCUUCUCAGACUGCCGCGCCAGCCACUGCGCCGGCACCCACCGCCUCGCCUCCGCAGCCUGAAGCUGCGGCCACGAAGACUCCGGCUGAUCCUGUCCCCCUCUUCUCCCUCGAAAGGGAAGAGGGCCUCUCUGGACCACCCCUGGUUAGCGCUGGCCGGGGAGAGGCAGCUGUGGCUACAAGAAGCCCCCGCGGCACUCCCCGGCGAGGGAGAGGUCGCCCCCGCGGCUCUACGUUGAGACACAGGCGGAUGCUUAUGACUAAUAGCUAG